UUCUUUUCAGUAAGCAGUAUAUAUUUUCAGGACCUUGGAGAGAGACAGUUACUUUAUCAGCUCCUUUCACCUCCAAUCACUUUUACCUUUUUACCAUGUUUUUUUCUUCUCAUAGUGCAACAACAGUUGAGUUCCUUGACUUUUUGAAGAAUUAGAUAAUUUUAUGUGAUCAUUUUAAAUACUGAAAGAUACCUACAUUAAUUCGUCUUUCCAUACAUAUCUUGUAUUAAAACGAUUGCAAAAAUGCCUAAAUAGUAUUACAAAACAUUCAAAUUAUUCAACGGUUCAAUCGUCAUAUUUCAACUAAAUUUCAAAUUGCUUUUAUUAAACUGUAGACAUGUUGUAAGCAAGAGUUCUGAACAAAGAGUCAUCUGAGUUGGUUUUCUGCAGUUUUAUACUGUGAACUCUUAGGGCCGCUGUUGACCAGAAUGUGAACGGCUGGCAGUAGGGUUGGAGCAGCACCUCCCAUUGUUCAUCUACAUAAUAAAGAAAGAGCUCGACGAGAAAGAACCACUACCAUAUUCGUGCAGGAUAUUUUGAAAGAAGACGUGAAAUUUCAGUCUUUGUCCGCUCAUGAGGGAAAAAAAUGAGGAGUUAGCUUUCAUAACUGGAAUCGAUAUCAGACUUACGGGAUACGACACUGAAUCAUACGGAAACGUUUCGGCAGAACAAUGACAGGACAAGUUCUGCUGUUUUUCUGUCUCCUCUCCGUCGGAUCAGUGCUGGGACAAGUCAGCUACACUAUUCCGGAGGAAAUGGCCAAAGGAUCUUUAGUCGGUAACAUUGCACAAGAUUUGGGUUUGGAAACGAAACGUCUGGCAUCUGGUAAGGCUCGGAUUUAUACCAGAGACAGUGACGAAUACAUGGAGCUGAACAGAGAGAGAGGAGUCCUCCUUGUUAAACAGAGAAUCGACAGAGAGGCGCUCUGCAGACAGACGACGCCGUGUGCUUUGCAUUUCCAGAUUAUUUUAGAGAAUCCAAUGGAAUUUUACAGUGUUACUGUCCAGAUCACAGAUAUCAACGACAAUUCACCCACGUUCGAAGAAAGUGAAAUCAAAUUUAACAUUAGCGAAUCGGCGGUGAUUGGGGCUAAAUUUGUGCUCGAAAGAGCUGAAGAUCUUGAUGUUGGGAUUAAUGAUCUGCAAACGUACGAGUUGAAACCGACUGAUAAUUUUGCUCUAAAACUGCACAAUAUUGACGGUAAUAAGAACGUAGAGAUGGUGCUACAGAAGCCUUUGGACAGGGAGAAACAGGAGCAGAUAUCUCUCGUCUUAACGGCUGUAGAUGGAGGAGAGCCGCAGAUGUCAGGAACAAUGCUUAUUGUUAUCACAGUUUUAGAUGUAAACGACAAUGCCCCUGUUUUUACACAGCCAACAUACAAGGCUACAGUUACUGAAAAUUCACCUAAAGGCACCGUUGUUGCCACUGUUACAGCCUCAGAUGCAGAUCAAGGCUCAAACGGGAAAGUAACAUAUUCAAUAACAAAUAAAUUUGAUGAGAUAAAGAAAUCUUUUCACAUGAACAAAGCAAAUGGGGAAGUAACCUUGAUUGGAAAUAUUGAUUUCGAAAAAUCGAGAAGCUUUCAAAUAAAUGUACGUGCAAGUGAUGACGGAGGGCUCACAGACUCCUGCAAGUUAAUUCUCGAUGUUCAGGAUGUAAAUGACAACAAGCCGGAAAUUAAUAUAAUGUCGAAGUCAACUGUUAUUUCAGAGGAUGCCAAACUUAAUACCGUCGUUACAAUGAUUAACAUCGAGGACAAGGACUCAGGAGAAAACGGAAAAGUGCAAUGUUUUAUCAAUGAAAAUUUACCCUUCGCUUUGAAAACAUCCACAAAUAAUUUCUAUAGUUUAGUAACAGACAGUGAUUUAGACAGAGAGAGAGCCACUCAGUAUAACAUCACAGUGACGUGUUCUGAUGAGGGAGUGCCCUCCCUCUCCAGCAGCGUCACUCUCACCUUACAGAUCUCUGAUGUGAAUGACAACGCGCCUGUCUUUGAGAGGAGCUCAUAUGAGGCCUACAUUGUAGAAAACAACACACCAGUCCUCUCUAUAUUCACAGUGAAAGCCAGAGACGCUGACUGGAACCAGAAUGCCCGUGUUUCUUACAUCCUGGAGGACUCCUCUGUUAACGGAGUGCCAAUCUCCUCAUAUGUUUCAGUCAGUGCUGAUAGUGGAGUCAUCCAUGCAGUUCGCUCUUUUGACUACGAGCAGAUCAAAGACUUCCAGUUCCGCCUCAAAGCACAGGAUGGAGGCUCCCCUCCACUCAGUAGCAACGUGACAGUGAAAAUAGUGAUCCAGGACCAGAACGAUAACCCCCCUCAGGUCCUGUACCCAGUCCAGACUGGUGGAUCAGUGGUGGCUGAGAUGGUGCCUCGUGCAGCAGAUGUGGGCUACCUGGUGACUAAAGUGGUGGCUGUUGAUGUGGACUCUGGACAGAAUGCCUGGCUCUCGUAUAAACUGCAGAAAGCCACAGACAGGGCGCUGUUUGAAGUGGGCUUACAGAAUGGAGAAAUCAGAACUAUCCGCCAAGUGAAUGAUAAAGAUGCUGUGAAACAAAGACUGACUGUUAUAGUGGAGGACAACGGGCAGCCGUCUCGUUCAGUUGCAGUCAUUGUUAACGUGGCGGUGGCGGACAGCUUCCCUGAAGUGUUGUCUGAGUUCACUGACUUUACACACGACAAGGAGUACAAUGACAACCUGACUUUUUACUUAGUGCUGGCUUUGGCUGUAGUGUCCUUCCUCUUCAUCACGUGUGUGGUGGUUAUUAUAUCAGUGAAAAUCUACAGAUGGAGACAGUCUCGCACCCUGUUUCACUCCAACCUCCCUGUGAUUCCAUAUUAUCCACCACGUUACUCAGACACUUUGGGCACAGGGACUCUCCAGCACGUGUACAAUUACGAGGUGUGCAGGACGACUGACUCCAGAAAGAGUGACUGUAAGUUCGGCAGAGCUGGUAGUCAGAACGUGUUGAUACUGGACCCCAGUUCUACAGGGACCAUGCAGCGGAUACAGAGUGAGAAGAGCAUCCUGGAUGAACCAGACUCUCCUCUAGAGGUCAGACUGAUUUAAGAUUGUUUUUCUGCACCGUUACCUUUUCCAUAAUUUAAAUCUCAAACGCCGAGUUUUUGGUAUAAUGGAUGCAGCAUGUCAAGAUUUGAUCAUCACCCCAUUGUUAUAUUUAACCAUCUAUUCAGUAGUGCUAUUUAAGCAGUUUUCUACAUUGAGUUCAUGUCUGGGUUCAUUGCUUAACUUAGCAUUCCUGAUAUACAGUAAUGUUCUACUAUGGUUUUAUGUGACUUUGAUUUGUGUGUGGACGCGCAGUUGGUUUUCUGUACUGCCUGCAGCACUCAAACACUGACUCUGUCCUGCUUUGGUCACUUAUGUUGAACCAGAGGAGUACUCAAUAGAUUCAUGAGUUUACAUAUGUCUUCGUGGCAGGUAUAGGUAUUUUAUGGGGGCAUCAAUCUAUUAAAUUUUGCUUCAUUUUCGAACAUCAUUUCGUGUUUUGUUGAGAGGACUUGUGCAGUGAUUCUUUUCAGUAAGCAGUAUAUAUUUUCAGGACCUUGGAGAGAGACAGUUACUUUAUCAGCUCCUUUCACCUCCAAUCACUGUUACCUCUUUUCACAAUUUUUUCUGUCCUCAUAGUGCAGCAACAGUUGAGUUCCUUGGCUUUUGAAGAAUUUGAUCAUUUUGUGUGAUCAUUUUAAAUACUAAAAGAUACGUAUAUUACUUUGUCUUUACAUACAAUUCUUGUAUUUAAAACGAUUGCAAAAAUGCCUAAAUAGUAUUACAAAACAUUCAAAUUAUUUAACGGUUCAAUCGUCAUAUUUCAACUAAAUUUCAAAUCACUUUUAUUAAACUGUAGACAUGUUGUAAGCAAGAGUUCUGGACAAAGAGUCAUCUGAAUUGGUU